UACAAAUUGAGAAUGUCUGUUUCAAACAAAGAUCUAUUUACAACAACGAACAGCGAUCUGGACGAAAUGACAGACGAACUAACCGCAGCCGAAUUACAACCCGGCCAAAUAUUCGACCACAUCGAACUGGAAAAUAGCAACUGUAGUACAGUAUUAAAUAAUGAAGACUCUAGUAGAUUGUCCGAAGGCAAUGUCUUGGCCGCGAAGAAGCUCAAGGGAAAUUUAAAAUGGCAAGGCGACUACAAUGAACUCUGUCAAUUUGUUGAUGAUCUACAACUACAGCCGGGCAGUUGGUCAACACCAGGAGGUAACUGUAAACUUUUUGAAAACGGCGAAGUAGCGAUACGAUGGUACUCGAAUACGAGAACAAUAACUCUAAAAGGGGAGAGAGCAGCCGAAGUUAAAGAUAAAAUAAUAAAACUCAACCAGGAGUUGGGCAGCGAAGUGAUGCAACAAAGCUCAAAUUAUGCAAAAAAUUUGCAUGCCGACUUGGAAACAACAAUCAGUCAUUUGCAUACCGGGUCACAACACGAUAAUCUGAAAACUAAUGUAACGUCCAAAACUGACUCAGAAAUGAACCAGCUAAGAUCGAAGUUGGAUAACUUUACUGAGAUCGUUAAUAGAAAACUGGAGGUUCUUGCCGACGAAGUAUAUGCUAUUAAAGAAAACAAACCGUAUUCUAUACUAGUGUUAGAAGAUGUCAAUAACGAACUAAAGAAGGAAAAAAUAGAGCUUAUUAGAAAGAAUGAAGAAUUGGAAAAAAAAUAUUUGAACUUAUACCAAUCUACGUCGGUAUUGAGAGCCAAGGUUACCGAUCUAGAAAACGAAAAGUCUAGUCUUACGACAGCUCUACGACUAGUUCACCAAGAUAAUGACUUAUUAAGUAAGAGGUUAAACGACCCAAAAACCCAUUGCGGUAAUACGUUAGCUGCUGUGACAUACCCACAAGAUGACUUACCUGAUAAAGCUGAAACAAGAGAUGGGCCCUCUACUAGUGUCGAAAAAGGAAAUCAUGAAGCAUCUAUGACUACAGAAUUAAUGGUGACAACAAGAAACCAAUACGAAGCUCUUACAAACCGCGUCUCCGAUACAGAUGACAACGCCAACUCAUCUGUACAACUAAUCCACGAAAAAACGAUUACGCAACAAGAAUCUAAUCAUCCCAACAUACACAAUAAAGAGGAAGUGAGAAACGUAAAGAAACGAGGAGAAAAGAAAGGAAAUCCUUCUCAGCAGCAUAGAUCUCCUAGUUCAUCUAACUCGACUAGCCUUAAAAACGCAGUUGAAAACAACAAUCCGGUCACGAUAAUUAUUGGAGAUUCUAUGAUUAAAGGACUUCGUCCCGACAAGAUCUCCAAAUCGGUUAAGCACAAAGCUCAGGUUAAAUCCUUUCCUGGUACAACAGUUGAAGAUCUAACUGAUUACAUAAAACCUUCCCUAAAGAGGAAACCUAAAAACAUUAUAGUGCACGUAGGUACUAACGAUUUGAAAAUGAAAAGUGCUAAAGAUGUUGCAAAGAGCAUUGAUAAGCUAUGUAAAUCUAUCAAGUUGGAUCAACCUCAAACAUCAAUCAGUGUUUCCGAAAUUAUCCACAGAGAAGAUAACCAAGAACUUAAAGAGAAAGCAUUGGCAGUCAAUAAAGAACUGGUCAGGUAUAGUGAACAGAAAAAGUUUUAUCUAAUUAAGAAUGAAAAUAUUGACAAAAAUAAGCUAAAUUUGUAUGGUUUGCACCUUAAUAAGCAAGGUUCAGCAGUUUUAGCUAAAAACAUUGUUACUCAUAUAAACUGUCUGAAGUAUCUUUGAUAAUACUGAGCAGUUGGCAGAAAAUAUUAUAACCACUUCAAAGGAACUCCCUAUAACAAACACUAGUCAAGUUGUGAAUAAACCAGAUCUGAAAGGCUUCUCGAUAAUGCAUUUAAAUAUUGCAAGUUUGAUCAAACAUAUCGAUCAACUAAGAAUUAAUUUAAAAGAUAAGCCUUGUCACAUUCUAAGUGUUAAUGAAAUUAGACUAAGUGAUGAUAUAAACGAUGGCUUUGUUAAAAUAGAUGGUUACGAAAUAUUCCGGGCCGAUAGAAACCGAGCAGGUGGUGGAGUUGCAUUAUAUAUUAAAACAGCUAUAAAUGCAAACUCGAGACAAGAUUUAAUUCCAGAUGGUCUAGAAGCAAUAUGCUUGGAAAUUAAAAGAACAAAAAGCAAGCCAUUUUUCGUUAUUAGUUGGUAUAGACCACCAAAUAGUCCGGCUGAGAUUUUCGACAAAUUUGAACUAAUGAUUCGUAAUCUUGAGGCGGAAGACAAAGAAUAUCAUGUAGUGGGCGACUUAAAUUGUAAUUUGCUAGAGGCUGGAAAAAAUGUCCAUAGUAAACGAC